GCCUCCGCCAAUAACAUAACACCCUCUCUACGCAUGCGUGGACUGUUAGUGGUGGCUGUGACUAAUCCUAGCUCCUCGGUACUCUGCGGGUCCCUGGUGCCAGGCUACGCGCAGCGGACGUUACAUAGGCCAGUGCAGGUGUGAGUGGCCCACAGCAUGUCUAUCUUCACCCCCACCAACCAAAUCCGCCUCACCAAUGUGGCGGUCGUGCGGAUGAAGAAGGGUGGAAAGAGGUUUGAGAUCGCCUGUUACAAGAACAAGGUUAUGAGCUGGCGGAGCGGGACAGAGAAAGAUCUUGAUGAAGUGUUACAGAGUCACUCAGUAUUCAUGAAUGUUUCUAAAGGUCAGGUUGCUAAGAAAGAGGAUCUUGUCAAGGCAUUUGGUACAGAAGAUCAGACAGAAAUAUGCAAACAGAUUUUGUCAAAGGGGGAGCUGCAGGUGUCUGAAAAAGAACGAAGUACACAGCUAGAACAGAUGUUUCGAGAUAUCGCAACUAUUGUGGCAGAGAAGUGUGUAAAUCCAGAGACCAAAAGGCCAUACACUGUAAACCUCAUUGAAAGAGCAAUGAAAGAUAUCCACUAUUCCGUGAAAGCUACAAAGAGCACAAAACAACAAGCAUUAGACGUUAUAAAGCAGCUGAAGGAAACUUUGCAGAUUGAGCGCGCUCAGAUGAGACUGCGAUUUAUCCUACCUGCCAAAGAUGGGAAGAGACUGAAAGAAAAGCUUAAACCAUUGAUCAAGCUUGUAGAGAGUGAGGAUUUUGAUCAAGAGCUGGAGAUUGUUUGCUUGAUCGAUCCUGGCUGCUUCCGGGAGAUUGAUGAGGUAAUACGUUGCGAGACCAAAGGAAAAGGCACCCUGGAAGUUCUCAGCCUGAAAGAUGUGGAAGAAGGAGAUGAGAAGCUGGAAUGAACACUAUGACACUACAAUCUGUCCCUUCUAGACUAGCUUCUUAUUGUCAGCCUUUGUGUUGACAUCCGCUUUUUAACAAGAUUGUCUCCCCUUCCAGACUUCCAUGUGAAGACACAGAGCCUCAGUUGGUGGAGGCUUAGUCUGAAAUUAAAUAUUAUAUAUUGUUAAUUAUAUGACAAAAUUAAAUAACUGAAGAUACUAUUUUACUGUUUUGCAGCACGUUGUCUCUUUAGUUGUAAAGAAUAAUAGUAUUGCAUUUAAUUGAAUGCCUUUUAACAAUAUUGUUACUAUGCAAAUCAUUGGCUAUGUAUAAUGUUAGGCUAGGAACAACGUUUAUUGCAUCGUAUUGUUAUGAGGGACAUUCUUUUUUUUGUUUUAAUCCUUUUUUUUUUCUUCUACAAAACACAAUCCAAAAUUGUGCUUUUUAUAAGAAUUUUAGAAUACAAAGUAAUGUAGAAAUGUUGUUUGCUUAAUAUGCACUGUUUAAUAGUAUAUUUUCAUUUAAGUUAUUGACUAAAGUAUAGAAUAUAUUUUUAUGACGAAAUCUGGUCAGAAAAGUAUUAUUUAAACUUUCAUAUUUACUAGCCCCACCAUAAGAGUGCAAUAAUAAGUAAUAGUUUUAUGUAACAUAUCCCAUCUGUAUUGAGGCAGCACACUUGUGUAAUGACACUAGCUAAUAACAAGACCUGAUAGAAAAAGUAUAUCAGAACAUUAUUAAAAUGAAUUACAUGUUUUAGUCUUAUGUGCGAGUACUAGUAGAUCAUCUUUAUAAUACUGCAAAAUGUGUGACUUUAUAGGACAGCUUCAAAUGUAGUGUUCACAUUGGCUGUUUUAGCAGGGCGCCACGGCCUGCCCCUUUAGCAGCACCCUGCUAAAACAGCCCCCUGUGCUGCCACCGUGUGAAUAGAUGCCAUGUGCACGGCAUCUAUUCAUAUUAAAGAGAAAGCUUGUGGGGGGGGGGGGGGUGUGAGGGGGGAGUCCGGUACCUCUGUAGUUGUUGAACACACCCCCAUCAGUAACACCAUGGCUAGGGCAUGCCCCAUUAGUGAUGUCGAAGAGAACAGACUGCCACCGGUGGGGUUGUGCCCCUUUCUUGGCCGGCUGCACCCCCGUACCAGACCCACCUAUGCGCCCUGCCCCAGUCCUAGCAGGAAUAUUUAAAUGGCUUGGAACAAUCAGAUCAUGCGUGGCCAAAUAAGAAAUUUUGGCAGAUGAUCACCCAAUGAGGUCAAUCCAACUAGGUGCGAUGUGCCAUUGUCGUGGCAUUUCAACACUGGCAAAGCCACCCAAUCUCGCACCCUUCACUUUUGUGUGAAUUCGGGGCUAAUUGGAAUGACCCCAAUGUUGAUUACGUGUCCCAUUUUCCUGCAUUCCUCUAUCAAUAUCAUCCAGAUUUUGAUCAGAAGUUCUUAUUGUGAUGGAUUAGUAACCAUUAAAUUGCCUUUCAUAUUGGCUCCAGGUGUAAUUAACUUUGUAAAGAGUCCUGAUAAGGCAAAAUGUUUUCUCCGAAGCAAGAGACAAAUGUAGCCAAGGCCUUGUAGCACAGCAAGUAAUACAUUUUGCUUUUUGCAUUGAUGUCAAUUUUACAGUAAAGCUUACUGAAUAAUCUUUUGCAUGUAAAUAAAUGAAACAUACUUAAGAA